AUGGGCUGCGCGCAGUCGACCACCUCAAGCGUGAGCUCGUCGCCGCAAGAGGCGGCGGCCUCUCGCGCCAUCGACGACGACCUGAGCCGGGCCAAAACGGAGCACUCGAAAGUCAUCAAGUGCCUCCUCCUCGGGCCAGGCGAGUCGGGCAAGAGCACCAUCCUCAAGCAGCUGCGACUGCGGUACGCCCGACCAUACACCGACCGCGAGCGCGCCGAGUACGCCGAGGUCGUGUACGCCAACGCCGUCCAGUCGAUGCAGGCCGUCAUCCGCGGCUCCGAGGUCGUCCGCAUCGCCAUCCCGACGCACCUGCACGACACGGCCGACUACCUGUCGUCCGUCUCGUCCGACGAGGCCGUCGACCUCGGCACGGGCAGCAUCUUGCCGCACGUGCGCGACGCCAUCGUCGCGCUGUGGGCCGAGCCGGCCGUCAAGGAGAUUGUGCGGCACAGUGCGGCGUACCAGCUCAACGACUCGGCUCGCUACUUCUUCGACGAAAUGGGUCGAGUCGGCCAGUCGGGCUACGUGCCGACGGACCAGGACAUCUUGCGCACGCGUGUGCGCAGCACGGGCAUUGUCGAGGAGACGUUCGACGUCAAGGGCCAGAAGCUGCGCGUGUUUGACGUCGGCGGGCAGCGCAGCGAGCGCAAGAAGUGGAUUCACUGCUUCGAGAACGUCAACGUCCUUGUCUUCGUCGCCGCCAUCUCUGAGUACGACCAGGUCCUGUACGAGGACGAGACCGUCAACCGUCUUGCAGAGGCGGCCAUGCUGUGGGAGAGCAUCGCCGGUAGCCGGUGGUUCGUCUCGAGCGCGUUUGUCCUCAUGCUCAACAAGAUCGACCUCUUUGCCGAGGGCCUCUACGUCCACCUCACGUGCGCGACGGACUCGAGCCAGGCCCGCGUCGUGCUCGCCGCCGUCAUGGACCAGGUCCUCACGCGGCUCCUGUCCGAGGUCGGCUUGAUGUGA